AGGAACUAUAUGUAUUCUCAUGCACGUUUUAUCCUUUGUUGGUGGAGCCAAUCUACUGAGACACGCCGAGGGAGCCACUUGGCUGGCUAUUGUCACGUCACUGGUCACGCCACUGGGCUUCAUUUUCUGGACAUUGUUCAACGAAACACCAUUCAAAUGGCACCCCGCAAGUCACGUGAGCACUUGGUUCAGUAUCGGUGCGUUAGCCAUCAUGGUUCCCGCCAUUUUUGUUUACAACAUGGGGGCACCAGAGAUUUCGCUAGACACAAAUAAAAAUCAAAGUGGGGAGUAUAACUCAGCGCUAGAACCAGAGCAACCUCUUCUCUGCAGCACGGAAAGCAGACUUUGAAAGACUUAAAAGCAGUUGCAGUUAGACCAGAAACUGUGUUUCAAGGAUGCUUGUAAACAGCAUUCAUUUGCAAAGUGCUAACAGUUCGUCCGAAAAAAGGGGACAAGAUCUGAUUUUAUCGCAUGUUUAGAAAGAGAUCCACAGCACAAUUUGUUACUUAAAGUGUGGAUUUCUCCACAUUAAUUUCAGAUUAGCUUCUACAUGAUAUCAAAGCAGUAUGGCUAGGUUAACAGACAGAUAAAGUAUAUUUCAAAAAACGCUGACCCAUGCUAGGUUAACAGACAGAUAAAGUAUAUUUCAAAAAACGCUGACAAAAAAAUAUGAUUAUAAAGUGCAUAAGCAAAUACGAAAAAAACUGGUGUGGAUGAG